AUGAAUUCAUUUGCUGUUCUUUGCCUACUUGCUGUAUUACCUAUUUGUUCGGCAAUCACUUGUUAUCAGUGUACUGCUGGGUCAUCAGGAUGUGAUCCAUUCAGUGCCAGUGGCUCAGGUGUGUCUACCAGCAGUUCCUCUGCUUGCAUAAAAGUUUCAACAGGAUUUUCGUCAGGUACAACUCGAUCAAGUGCUAGCUCAUGCACAGCUAAUAAUAUCGGCGGUGUUGGAACAUUCUGUUGCUACACAGACUACUGUAAUGGAGCUACAAGCAAAUAUCAAACGCCGUUCCUUUUGGCUCUUGUCAUUGCUGCUCUUUUUGCCAAACAUCGAUUUCUCUAG